UUUUUUAAUAUAUACAUCUUAAUAGGAAUGUACCAAUUGGCAGACUAGUGAAACACACCUAGGCGCAUACGGGACGGUAGCCACUGUACCAGGGGUCCAGCAGCCAGUCGCCACUUAUCUCGGUAGUUGACCCGCAGAGGAGACCCAUUCCCAACGUCAACCAAUACAACAUCCAGCUCCAACAUUCAUUCGCUGUCUCCUAUUGCUGCAAGAACUGCAAGAACUGCAAGAACUACUUUCCACGACAAUAUGAGGUGCCUGUUGUUUAUCGCGGCUUUAAGUCUUUUUCAGUUAGGCUCUGCUGUUGAUCAGAAGAAGUCAGCCAUCAUUUGGUUCGAUAACCCAGCUACUCCAGCCUCUUUCAUGGACCAGGUGAAGGACAGUAUCUUGAAAGCUGGAGGUAAAAUCACACAUACAUACACUAUCAUCAAUGGGUUUGCCGUAAUCGCACCAGCGAAUGCGCUUGCCUCCGUCCAAGCAUUAGGCGUAGAGCACUCGAUUCGUGUGGAAGAAGACGAGACAGUAUCAACUCUUAAAUGAUGACGGCAGUAUUUUCAGCCAAAUGCACCACAUAUGAUAGCGAUGGAUAGACGUAAGUCUUAUUAAAGGCUUGUUUUCGUUUAAUACGAUAAUUUGAUUAAUUACAUACUAUAAUAUAUAUCAAUUUAAUAUAUGUCAAUGGCUUUAUAUCUGGGCAAUACAGCCUAGGUACUAUCUGA